UAAACUGGAUUAGGAGCGUCACUCACCCUCUAGUCAGGUGGGAGGGACGAUGUACAACACCGGCCGCCAUGUCUCACUCCGACUCGACAAAGAGCACCUGGUGAACAUCUCUGGUGGACCAAUGACUUACAGCCAUCGUCUUGAGGAGAUCAGGUUACACUUUGGAAGCGAGGAUGGACAGGGCUCUGAGCAUCUCCUCAACGGCCAGGCCUUUUCUGGGGAGGUGCAGCUUAUACAUUACAACCAUGAACUGUACACAAACUACACAGAAGCUGCUAAGAGUCCAAAUGGCUUGGUGAUAGUGUCUAUAUUUAUGAAGAUAUCCGAGACUUCAAAUUCAUUUCUGAAUCGGAUGUUGAACAGAGACACCAUCACAAGAAUAACAUAUAAGAAUGAUGCGUACCUUCUCUCGGGGCUAAACAUUGAGGAAGUUUAUCCAGAGACGGCAAGUUUUAUCACUUACGAAGGGUCUAUGACAAUCCCACCGUGCUACGAGACUGCAACGUGGAUUCUGAUGAACAAGCCAAUUUACGUCACAAAGAUGCAGUCCUGUCCUGAAAAGAACAAGCGAGUCUCUGUUGAGCCUCACAGACUUCAGUAA